CAGCUGGAGAAAGAUCCAAAAGAGAAGACAGAGACGAAAUACGACAAAAAACACCCCUAAAAUCUCAACUAUCCCCUUAGAAUUCACCUCCCCUUCUUGUUACUCUCUUGGAUUUGACUCCCUGGUUCCUGGAGGGGAUGAACUUCGUCCUCAGGCCUCCAUCAGAGGGCAGAUCUGGACCUGGUUCUGGACGUGGAUCUGGACGUGGAACCGUCAUGGAGAACCUGGAGAAGCAGCUGAUCUGCCCCGUGUGUCUGGAGAUGUUCUCCAAACCUGUGGUCAUCCUGCCCUGCCAGCACAACCUCUGCAGGAAGUGUGCCAACGACAUGUUCCAGUCCUCUAACCCCCUCUGGCAGUCCCGCUCUUCCUCCUCCUCCUCAUCCUCCUCAUCCUCCUCAUCCUCCUCCAUCGGCUCUCGGUUCCGCUGCCCGUCCUGCAGACAGGAGGUUCUGCUGGACCGGCACGGGGUGUACGGUCUGCAGAGGAACCUGCUGGUGGAGAACAUCCUGGACCUGUACAGACAGCAGGAGGCCAGCAGGCCUGUCCCCAUGAAGCCUGAGCAGCAGCAGCAGCUCGUGUGUGAGGAUCACGAAGAGGAGAGGAUCAACAUCUACUGCCUCUCCUGUGAGACGCCCACCUGCUCCAUGUGCAAAGUGUUCGGGAAACACAAAGCGUGUGACGUGGCUCCGCUCAGCAGCGUCUACCUGAGGCAGAAGACGGACCUGAGCGACAGCAUCGCCAUGUUGGUGGCCAACAACGACCACAUCCAGACUCGCAUCUCUGAGAUGGAAGAGAUGUGCUGCUGUGUGGAGGAGAACGGUGAGCGUCAGAGGGAACAUCUGGAGGAGCGUUUCGAGGCUCUGGUGAACAUCCUGGACGAGAGGAAGCAGGAUCUGGUGGGUCUGAUCUCCAAACAUCAUGACGACACACUGAGGCGCGUCCGCUCUCUGAUUGGUCGACACAGCGAGCAGCUGGAGGCCGCCGUCGCUCUGCUGGAGACCGCCAUCCAAUCAAUGGAGGAGCCACACAUGCCUCUUUUCAUACAGAGCGCCAAAGUCAUUCUAGAAAAGAUGGCGGUGACAGCCUCUCACUUGGAGCGUCCUGAGGUCCGGUUUGAGAGUGUGAGUCACUUCGUUCUCGAUACAGAUGACCUCGCUGACCUGCUGAGGAACAUCCACUUCUCCCCCGGUGGGGGAGAUGAUGGAGAAGAAGAUCAUGAAGAAGGAGAAGAGUGAAAACCUCUGCUCUAGAUUUAUAGAACAUUUGUUUAAAAAUGAUUUAAUAUUCUGUGAGGGAAUAACAGGAGGGAAACACAAGGUGUGAAUCUCCCUGUUGACCUGUUUCUAUGAAUUAUUAAGGAAUGUAUUUUACCGGGGCUUCGUGGUGUUUGAUUUACGUUGAGAAAACGUCCGACUCCUCACAUCUGUCACCAGCGGACGUAACUGUUGAAUGUUUUACACAUAGUUUUAUAUGUAGUA